AUGGUUACUACAGAGACUAAAGGUCCUAGGACCCUAUAUGAUAAAGUAUUUGAUGCGCAUGUGGUGCACAAGGAUGAGAAUGGCUCUUACUUGUUGUACAUUGACAGACAUCUAGUGCACGAGGUUACUUCUCCACAGGCCUUUGAAGGUUUGACUAAUGCGAACAGACCAGUAAGAAGGGUGGAUUGUACUUUGGCCACAGUUGACCACAACAUCCCAACCGAGUCCAGAAAGAGUUUCAAGAACUUGGACUCUUUCAUUACACAAACCGACUCCCGCUUACAAGUGAAGACUUUGGAACAGAACGUCAAGCAAUUUGGCGUACCAUACUUUGGUCUAACCGAGAAGAGACAAGGUAUCGUCCAUACUAUUGGUCCUGAGCAAGGUUUCACCUUACCUGGUACCACUGUGGUGUGUGGUGACUCCCACACUUCUACUCACGGUGCAUUCGGUGCAUUGGCAUUCGGUAUCGGUACCUCCGAAGUCGAACACGUCUUGGCUACCCAAACUAUCAUUCAAAGUAAAUCCAAGAAUAUGAGAAUUAGAGUCGACGGUAAGUUAAGCCCAGGUAUUACAUCUAAGGAUUUGAUUCUUCAUAUCAUUGGUGUGAUCGGUACUGCUGGUGGUACUGGUUCCGUCAUUGAAUUUGCUGGUGAAGCUAUAGAGAACUUAUCUAUGGAAGCUCGUAUGUCUAUGUGUAAUAUGUCCAUUGAGGCCGGUGCAAGAGCUGGUAUGAUCAAACCAGACAAUGUCACUUUCGAAUAUUUCAAAGGAAGACCAUUGGCCCCAACUGGUGCCGAAUGGGACAAGGCUGUUGCUUACUGGAAGACUUUGCAUUCUGAUGAGGGCGCCAAAUUCGAUCACGAAAUCGUCAUCAAAGGUUCAGAAAUUAUUCCAACUAUUACCUGGGGUACUUCUCCACAAGAUGCGCUACCAAUCAGUGCAUCAGUUCCAGAUCCAGCUAAUGUAGAUGAUCCAAUCAAGAAGUCCGGUAUGGAGAGAGCUCUCGAAUACAUGGGCUUGAAACCAAACACUCCAUUGAAGAGUAUCUAUGUCGACAAGGUCUUCAUUGGUUCAUGUACUAAUGGCCGUAUUGAAGAUUUGAGAAAUGCCGCUAAGGUCUUAAAUGGUCAUAAGAUUGCCCCAAAUAUCAAGAGAGCUAUGGUUGUCCCAGGAUCCGGUUUAGUCAAGGUACAAGCCGAAGAAGAAGGGCUUGAUAAAGUUUUCAUUGCAGCUGGCUUUGAAUGGAGAGAAGCUGGCUGUUCUAUGUGUCUAGGUAUGAACCCAGAUAUUUUGGACAAGUACGAACGUUGUGCUUCCACUUCCAACAGAAACUUUGAAGGUCGUCAAGGUGCCUUAUCUCGUACACAUUUAAUGUCUCCAGCCAUGGCUGCUGCUACAGCUGUUGCAGGUCACUUUGUAGACAUCAGAGAAUUUAAAUAUAAUAACGCUGACGAUGCUAAAGUUACUAUAUCUUCUGAUGAAGACGAAGAACUUGAAGAAGCUGCGUAUGAGCACACUGAACCACAACAGCCCGGUGAUGCCCCAACUGAUGUUGAGAAUGAUCAGUUGAAGGACAUCCCAGUCGAAUCCGAAACAAAAAGAUUAAAGACGGACGAUACUAAGCCAGUUGCUGGUGGUAUGGACCCAUUUGUCGUUUUGAAUGGUUUGGCUGCUCCACUUGAAAAGGCUAACGUUGAUACUGAUGCUAUUAUUCCAAAACAAUUCUUGAAAACAAUUAAGAGAACCGGUUUGAGAUCAGGUCUAUUUUACGAAUGGAGAUUUGUCAAGGAUGACAGUGGAAAAGAUAAAGAAACAGAUUUUGUGUUGAAUGUCAACCCAUGGAGGAAAGCUGAGGUCCUCGUUGUUACUGGUGACAACUUUGGUUGUGGUUCCUCUAGAGAACACGCCCCAUGGGCUUUGAAAGAUUUUGGUAUCAAGUCAAUUAUUGCUCCAUCUUUCGGUGAUAUUUUCUACAAUAACAGUUUCAAGAAUGGUUUGUUACCAAUUAGAAUUGAUCAAGAUACCAUCGUAAACAAGCUAGUUCCUGUUGCAAAGGCUGGUAAGAAUCUCGUUAUUAACUUACCAGAUCAAACCAUCUCUGAUUCGGAUGGCAAUGUUUUGGUUGAACAUUUUGAAGUUGAAGCAUUCAGAAAGCAUUGUCUAGUAAAUGGUCUAGAUGACAUUGGCAUCACAUUGCAGAAAGAACAAUACAUCGACCAAUACGAAAAGAUUAGAAGAGAAAAGUACUCAUUUUAUGAAGGUGGUUCUAAGUUGCUACACUUCCCAGCCAAGCAGUUCCCAAAAAAGAGAACUCCAUUAACGACUUAUGACACUGUUCAUCAAGAUUGGUAA